GCAGAGAGAGCGACAUUUAAGAUGUUCCACGUUUAUUGGCCGGCCACCGCCUGCCUAACACUAUUCUUAAUUGUCGGAGUCAUCAUGGUAAUGCUCAGAUACGGGCCUAGGUUGUGCAAGCUACGCCAUACAGCAUUGCCUACCGACGCCGAUUGGGAGGAGAAAGCUUUUGAACAGAAAGUUUCCAUUGGAUAAGCACGAAAAUUAAAGAUAUUUAACAUUGUUUAUUCAUCUCUCAGUAAAAUGAUACAACUGUUAAGCAAGCAAUAAACAUUUUAUGAAAAGAAUAAAACUUCAAAAGAACUGAACUGAAGAAUGCACAUUACAUGACUGAAAAUUUACUUUAAAGAAAACUUAAAAUUUACACAAAUUUGAUUAUUUUACUGAGAGUUGAUUAAACAGUACAUACAUUCAAGAUCAUGAACAACUAAAUAUCUAUUUUUUUUUUAAUUUUUGUGUAUACCUGAGACUGAUGAAAACGUGACAAAAGAAGCUUUUUCUUCUCAAUUUUGUUUUUAACUGCAUAACUAACAUAAUUUCGUUUAAAAGUUAUUAUAAAUAACUCUCACGUAGCAAAUGCUACAACCAUGUUCAAAGAGUUGAUACACAAAAGUGUUUAUGUAUUGACCAAGUCUAAUUACAAAAACAAUAACCAACUCUUUCUUUAUAUAUUUUUUUUUCGUACUAUAUGUUAUC